AGAGCGUGGCCAUUUCCAUCUGCCAUUUCCAUCUGCACGUCGCCUCGUCCGCCUACAUCCAAACCUCCCUCCGCCUUGAUCCCGCGUCGCAGCAGCGUCGCCGGUGAAUCCGCUGCUUUCAGUUCGGACGGUCACAGACACGACCAGCACGUGGACUGUGGCGGGCGUCGGAGACGCGGCGCGUUUGUCAUUUGCGGUUUACGCGUCAACGGAUACACCUUUCCCGCUCUCGCAGCCCCUCUCCGCUCCAGUGCGCAGGACGUCGCUGAAUUCCUCCCUUACCACCGUCGUCACGCACCAGAACGCCUCUCCCGAUACCCAAUAUGCCAGAACAUCAGAUAUUCAAGGCUACAUACAGUGGCAUCCCUGUAUACGAAAUGAUGACCAAAGGAGUCGCCGUGAUGCGGAGGCGCUCCGACGGCUGGUUAAACGCGACUCAGAUCCUCAAGGUUGCCGGGUUCGAUAAGCCUCAACGCACCCGGAUCUUAGAGCGCGAAGUGCAGAAGGGAGAGCAUGAGAAGGUGCAAGGAGGAUACGGAAAGUAUCAAGGGACCUGGAUCCCCAUCGAGCGAGGCCUUGAUCUUGCGCGAACAUACAAUUGCGAACAUAACAUCCGGGCAAUUGUCGAGUUCCAGCCGGAGGCGAAGAGCCCGCCUCUAGCACCCAAGCACCUUGUCACGUCGGCAGCCUCUAAACCAAACUCACGCAGAGGAGACGCAGGAGGCUCGACAAUCAGCACGCGCUCCUCUCGAAAGCGGGAGCAGCAAGUUGAGGGGUCUGAAAUCGAAACAUUCUCCACACGGGGUACCGAAGAUGGUACCAUGACACCGUCUCCGUCCCGUUCCAGCACUUCACGCACGCCCUCGCCACUGGGCAGUCCUGGGCCGUCGGCGCUCCACUCAAACGGCGUAGAUGACGAGUACCAGUCGCCCCUAGGGAACCCGCGCAAGCGCAAGCACCGUGCGCAGCACGAUGAAUCCGAUGAGGAGAUGCAGGAGAAUGGCGAGCACGAUCCGUCGAUCUACGGCGACCAAAUCCUCGAGUACUUCAUCUCGGACACGAAUCAAAUACCGGAGAUCCUCAUCAGCCCUCCGCAAGACUUCGACCCGGACAUGGCGAUUGACGACGACGGCCAUACCGCGCUGCACUGGGCAGCAGCCAUGGGUCGCAUCCGGAUCGUGAAGCUGCUCAUUAGCGCAGGAGCGGACAUAUUCAAGGUCAACAAAGCGGGGCAGACGGCGCUGAUGCGCAGCGUCAUGUUCGCGAAUAACUACGACGUACGCAAGUUCGCCGAGCUCUAUGAACUCCUGCACCGUUCCACGCUAAACAUCGACAACUCCAACCGGACAAUCUUCCACCAUAUUGUCGAUCUGGCGAUGUCGAAGACUAAGACACAUGCAGCGCGAUACUACUUGGAGACGGUGCUCUCCCGUCUCAGCGACUAUCCCACCGAGCUCAAGGAUAUCAUCAACUUCCAGGACGAGGAGGGGGAGACUGCGCUGACGAUGGCUGCGCGGUGUCGAAGUAAGCGACUGGUCAAGACGCUCAUCGAUUACCAGGCAGACCCCAAGAUUCCGAACCGAGACGGAAAGAGCGCGGAGGACUACAUACUUGAGGACGAGAGACUCCGUCAGUCACCUGUUUUAGGGUCAAGACCCCUCGGCGGGCCAUUCCGCAGCUCGCAAGGGGCAUUCCCCCAAACAAGUUACACCAUCGGACUUGGUCACCAUGAUCGUGCGCCGUUACACCAUUCGGCCACGGGGCAGAAGGCGGCUACACGAUGCGUGACCGACGUGGCAAUGAUGCUCGAGAGCUUAGCGGCUGCAUUCGACACGGAGCUGCGCGAGAAGGAGCGCGACCUGACUCAGGCGAACGCAUUGCUGAACAAUAUCCAGGCGGAGAUCCUCGAAAGCCAACGCGCUGUGAGCCACUUGAAGGUGCAAUCGCAGGGGCUACCCCAAGCCAAGCAGCAACUCGCAGCGCUUGAGGAGGAGCUCCGCAACAAGAUGGGCAAGCGGUACCGUCUCGGGUGGGAGAAGUGGUCGAAGGACGAGGAGGAGCGCGAGAGGGCGAUCCGAAGCAUGCACGGCGGGGGCCUGCCCGCAGACGAGGACGUUGUGGACUUGCUCGCGCUGCAGUCGGGCGUGCCGGCUGAUGCAGAGGCCAUUCGCGCGGAGUGCGAACGACUACGAGAAGACCUCGCGAUACACAAAAGGAGGAGGAAAGACAAGUUUGAGGAGUUGGUGAAGUUCCAGGCGGAGGCGGGCACAGGUGGGCAUAUGGCGGAGUACCGUCGGCUUAUUGGCGCUGGCUGUGGUGGUGUUCCGCCAGGAGAGGUGGACAAUGUACUGGGCAUGCUUCUUGAGACACUCGAAGCUGAAGAGCCCAGCUCGUCCUCAGCAGCAUGGAGUGGCUCCGGGCGACCACCAGCACCCAGCUAGUGUUCCGUCGUCUGUAGUGAAGGACAAGUCAUUUUGCUAUGUUCGGGCUGUUGUAUCUAUUCAUGUUCAGUUUUGUCUUGUACUAAUACUCGUAAUGUUGCUCCCCGUCGCCGCCUGUCUCAGUAGUUAUGAGCUCUUUAUGCAUAUCAUCAUCACCCGGA